AUGAUUACUAUCAAGGUUCCUUGCUCCUCAGCCAACAUUGGUCCCGGUUUCGACGUAGUUGGCCUAUCCCUCUCCAUCUGGCUCGAGCUUCAAGUCACCAUUAAGGCCACGACCACCUCUUCGCACCCCGUCAAUUGCCAAAUUACAUACGAAGGCGAAGGCGCCGAUCACGUCCCAUUAAAUGCAGAGCACAAUCUUAUCACCCGCACUGCGCUCUACGUCCUGAAAUGCCACUCGAAACGUGCUUUCCCGAGCGAAACACAUGUGCAUAUCAUUAACCCAAUCCCACUCGGUCGUGGUCUCGGCUCUUCUGGUGCGGCCGUUGUUGCAGGUGUGCUGCUGGGCAAUGCGGUUGGCAAACUCGGUCUCAGUAAAGAUAGAAUGAUGGACUAUUGCCUGAUGAUUGAACGCCAUCCAGACAACGUUAUGGCAGCAAUGUAUGGUGGAUUCGUAGGCAGCUAUCUAAAGGAACUCGACCCUGCGGACAUGGAGCGAAAAGAGAUACCGCUGGCGGAAGUUCUGCCGGAGCCUGCUGGAGGUGUGGAUACGGGAUUGAGACCCCCCGAGCCACCACUCGGGAUUGGACACUACAUAAAGUUUGGUUGGGCGCGGGAGAUCAAGGCAAUUGCUAUUAUCCCUCAAUUUGAGGUUUCUACUGCAACAGCCAGAAGCGUGCUGCCAGUGAACUAUAGCAGAGCAGAUUUGAUUUUUAACCUGCAAAGACUUGCGGUACUUACCACAGCGCUGACCAGGUCUCCCCCUGAUGCGGAACUCAUCUUCCAAGCCAUGCAGGAUAAGGUACAUCAGCCGUACCGUAAAGGGCUGAUCCCCGGGCUACCUGGAAUCCUGGCUUCAGUUACCCCCCAAUCCCACCCGGGUCUCCUUGGGAUUUGUCUCUCGGGAGCUGGCCCCACCAUACUGGCGCUGGCCACCGAAAACUUUGAGAACAUCGCAAAUGAGAUUCUGACAAAGUUCAAGCAAGAGGGAAUCACUUGUGACUGGAAGGUAUUGGAGCCUGCUUAUGACGGUGCCCAGGUCAUAAAUUCAUGA